GAUGCAAGAGGCGGAGCAUGCAGCGUGUUUCCGGUAAGAACAGGCCAGGAGACAACAGUAACAUUAAAACCAUAGACUGGAGAAUUAAAGUGUUUCUUACGGUCUUUUUGUUCUCCGGUUUUUGAAACCGACGACCCAGUAGCUCGACAGACAGAAAUCAACACAGAGUUGGGGUUUUGGGUUGUAUUUCAAACGGCAAUGGAAGCCGAGUUUCGAGAAAUCGAUGAAUCCGGGAAUUGGAACGCCAUUUACCAGGAAAUCCGUCAGCAGUCAAGUGAGCUGCCCUGUCGGGUGGCCAAACUCCAGGAGAACAAGAGCCGCAACCGCUACAGAGAUGUCAGCCCAUUUGACCACAGUAGGAUUCGUCUGCAGCAGGGCUCCAACGACUACAUCAACGCCAGCCUCAUCUCCAUGGAGGAGGCCCAGAGGAGCUACAUCCUAACUCAGGGCCCCCUACCCAACACGUGUGGCCACUUCUGGGAGAUGAUCUGGGAGCAGAGGACCAGGGGAGUGGUCAUGCUGAACCGCGUCAUCGAAAAGGGCUCGAUCAAAUGUGCGCAGUACUGGCCCCCGCGUGAGGAGAGGGAGGCGCUGUUUGAAGACACACACUUCAGGCUGACGCUCGUCUCAGAAGACGUCAAGUCCUAUUACACUGUGCGCCAGCUGGAGCUGGAGAACCUAGAGACUCAGGAGACCCGGGAGAUUCUUCACUUCCACUACACCACCUGGCCAGACUUCGGCGUUCCCGAGUCUCCCGCCUCCUUCCUCCACUUCCUGUUCAAGGUGCGGGAGUCGGGGUGUCUGGGGGCGGAGCUUGGCCCCGUGGUGGUGCACUGCAGCGCCGGCAUCGGACGCUCCGGAACAUUCUGCCUCGUCGACACCUGCCUCUUACUGAUGUCUUUCCGGAAGGAUCCAUCGUCGGUGCAGAUCCGUGACGUGCUUCUGGAGAUGCGGCGCGGCAGGAUGGGGCUGAUCCAGACGGCCGACCAGCUGCGCUUCUCUUACCUCGCCGUCAUCGAGGGAGCCAAGAGCAUCAUGGGAGACCCCUCCAUACAGGAGUCCUGGAAAGAGCAGUCCAAUGAGGAAGAUGUUCCUCCUGACUUCAAACCCGCCUCUCCAAAGCGAACAUGGGGCCUAAAGGACGACCAGAACGGCUCACCUGAACACAUUCAUACAAACAGUGAAAUGAGGAGGAGAACAGUAGGUGACGGCCCCCCUGUCCCCCCCCCUCGCCCCCCCCCGGCUGAACAAGACUGUAUUUCCAUGGCGACGGCGCCGGUGGCCACGGCUCCCCCUAAGCCCGUACAUGCACACAUGGAGCCGCCCGUCCCCGACGCCCCCGACAGCCCUGACAGCCCUGCCGCCUGGAGCCCCCUUGUGGCCAACAUGUGUGUGUGCACAGCACUCGCCCUCGGAGCCUAUGUCUGUUACCGCACCUGGUUCCACUGAUACCUCUCUCUCUGUCUGUCUGUCUCUCUCUCUCUCUCUCUGUCUGUCUCUCUCUCUCUGUCUGUCUCUCUCUCUCUCUCUCUGUCUGUCUCUCUCUCUCCCCAUUGAGACUAGACCACUGACAGGGACAUUUAUUUGUCUUCUAAGUCUGGUUUUUAUUUCCUUCCUCCAACAACAGUGUGUCCCUCUCCCUCCAUCACACACAUACACACACACACACACACACACACACACAGAGUCUGUUCAGUCGCUCAGGGCCUUUUCAUUCAGGUGUCACUCUCAAUCCACCCAGAGCAGCUCAGCACCUGUUGCUCUUUUAAAGUGUGUGUGUGUGUGUGUGUGUGUGUGUGUGUGUGUGUGUGUGUGUGUGUGUGUGUGUGUGUGUGUGUGUGU